UUCAAUGGUUUAACCCGUACAAAUUUAGAAAAUGCUACCUAGCUAUAACUUAUAAGACCAAAACAAAACCACUCCUCCCUCUCUGUCUCUCUCCCAGGUUUUUUCAGAAUGUCCACAGCUGAGAAAAUCAGGCACCUGAAAGAUUGCAGCUCCAUAGAACUGAAGGUAAUCUCCUGCAAGGAUCUCAGUGCCUUCAAUUUCUUCAACAGGCUGUCUGUCUACGCUGCUGUCUCCAUCUUCAACGACGAAGCGAAGAAAGAAGAACAGAAGAAACAUCUGCAGCAACGCCAGAAGACGCCGGUUGAUAGAGAAGGGGACUGCAAUCCUGAAUGGAACCACCCCAUGCAAUUCGACACGAAGGACUUGUCCCUGGUUGACGAGUUCGAUAAUCUCUUUGUAGAAUUCAACAUACGAUGUGACAGCGUCUUUGGCAAGAAGAGCAUUGGAAAAGUCCGGGUGCCAUUCGCGGACUUGAUCGAUGAUCAGUGCAAUGAAGCAGUCAGGUUCGUGAGCUACCAGGUUCGGACAAGCGAUGGUAAGCCUAAUGGGGUCUUGAACUUUUCUUACAAGGUGAUCAAGAAGAACACUAAAGUUGGAAUCCGUGAUUCCCAGGAAUCCGAUUCCUCGUCCAAAUUAACCACAGCCAGUGUUUAUCCUGAUCCUGCUGAUAAUACAGUCCAAUCUCUUUACCCCACCUUGGACGUGCAAGUGCAAUCCCGGGAUUUAAACGUAUCCUAUCCUUCGCUAUCCGAUGUUCGGGCUCCUGUGCCGACAAUUUCAGUUCCUUCUCCCAAGUUCAAUUGCCAUUGGAGGCCAGAACCCUACAACAUGAAGACGCUGCCAUCUCAGCUCCCGUUUUCUCCACCGGCAACUGGGCCUGCAGGUGUUAAUUGUCAUCCAUGUCAGCCCUUGCCAUUUGCACAGUCUCCAACUCCAAGGCCAUAUUUUGGUAAUUACAGUUGCUAUGAGAAUCCAGCCGGGACUUGAGAAUUUGGAAUGGUUGAGAAUAGCGUUGUUCAUGAUGGAUGGAGGAUUAGUAGUCCAGGGAUUAGAAGUAGCGAUGUAAUCCUUCCAGUCCCAGAGCUGGGGACUAGGAAUGGCACAGUUAGUAACUCAUCAGUUUAGUUCAUGAGGGCUUAUAUACGUACUUGCACUUCAUCAUUUUGUGAUAUAAAUGCAUGGUUUUUUACUACAGUAGAUAUAUGAUAUAUGAGAUGCACCCGUGUCUGAACCAUUAUAUUAAA